AUGCAAAUUUUCGUCAAGACCUUAACUGGUAAAACUAUUACCUUGGAAGUCGAAUCCUCCGACACCAUUGACAAUGUCAAAUCUAAAAUCCAAGACAAAGAAGGUAUUCCACCAGAUCAACAAAGAUUGAUCUUUGCUGGUAAACAAUUGGAAGAUGGUAGAACUUUGUCUGACUACAACAUCCAAAAGGAAUCUACCUUGCACUUGGUCUUGAGAUUGAGAGGUGGUGGUAAGAAGAGAAAGAAGAAGGUUUACACCACUCCAAAGAAGAUCAAGCACAAGCACAGAAAACACAAGUUGGCUGUUUUGACCUACUACAAAGUCGACAACGAAGGUAACGUUGAAAGAUUGAGAAGAGAAUGUCCAGCUCCAACCUGUGGUGCCGGUAUCUUCAUGGCUAACAUGAAAGACAGACAAUACUGUGGUAAAUGUCACUUGACCUUGAAAGCCAACUAA